CUACAAAGAUAAAAGAAUAGUCGUCUGUCUCUGUCUUCAUUCCUCCGCAACUACCUGUACGUUUCUUCCUCCUAAUUCCGUUCAUUAUACAGCCUGCUCAAGUAUUCUCCUCUUGUUCUCCUGCUCCCUCGGAAAACGUACGUGACCCCAGAAUCCGCCCCUUAGGUAUAUGUAAAAUGCAAAGGAGUUGAUCAAUUGGAUAGUGUUAGACUUUGGAGUCUAAAUGGAGCUGUUUUCUUUUCUAAAUCUACAUUUGUGGAGACCAGCGGCAAUGAUUUGGUUUGCCCAGCUACUGCUGCUGUUGCUGCUAGUGCAAGAGAAUCGUACAGUAGUAGGGGCAACUUCCAAUUAUUUAAUAGGGCUUGGAAGUUAUGACAUUACUGGUCCUGCUGCUGAUGUUAAUAUGAUGGGGUAUGCCAACAUGGAUCAAACUGCAUCUGGAGUUCACUUCAGACUGCGAGCUCGUGCAUUUAUUGUAUCAGAACCACAGGGGAACUGCAUCCUUUUUGUUAAUCUUGAUGCUUGUAUGGCCUCCCAACUCGUGACUAUUAAAGUUCUUGAGAGAUUGAAGACGAGGUAUGGAGAUCUUUAUACUGAUAAGAAUGUUGCUAUUAGUGGUAUACACACGCAUGCUGGCCCUGGGGGUUAUCUACAGUAUGUUGUGUAUAUUGUGACAUCCCUUGGGUUUGUACGUCAGUCAUUUGAUGCUCUUGUUGAUGGCAUUGAACAAAGUAUCAUACAAGCUCAUGAAAAUCUACGGCCUGGGUCAAUAUUUGUCAACACAGGAGAACUUCUUGACGCUGGUGUCAAUCGCAGUCCCAGUGCUUAUCUUAAUAAUCCGACAGCAGAACGCAAUAAAUAUAAGUAUGACGUUGACAAAGAAAUGACCCUUUUAAAGUUUGUGGAUGAUGAGUGGGGCCCAGUAGGUAGCUUCAAUUGGUUUGCAACCCAUGGAACAUCUAUGAGCCGUACAAAUGGGUUGAUAAGUGGUGACAAUAAAGGGGCUGCUGCACGAUUUAUGGAAGACUGGUUUGAUCAGACUAAUGCUGGAAGCACAUUCUCUAAGGCAUCUGAAUCUAGUGAAGUCCCUCGUAGAGUAUCAAACAUCAUUCCGAUAGUUCAUGAAAAGCAUCAUGAAUUGCUUGAGCUUGCUGCAUCUUUCAAGUCUUCUCCGGGAAGGCCAGCAACCAAGUUUAUGAGUAUGGCUAGACGAGUGAGGAGUGCUCUAAGGCUGGCUGAUAGGCCUAGAUUUGUAUCUGCAUUUUGUCAAACCAACUGCGGUGACGUUAGUCCAAAUGUUCUUGGCGCAUUUUGCAGAGACACAGGAUUGCCUUGUGACUUCAAUCAUAGUACCUGUGGUGGGAAGAACGAGUUGUGUUAUGGCCGAGGCCCAGGUUACCCAGAUGAAUUUGAGAGUACACGCAUCAUUGGGGAGAGACAAUUCAAAAAAGCUGUCGAUCUUUUCAAUAAAGCAUCAGAACAGUUGGCGGGGAAGGUUGAUUAUCGUCAUACUUAUCUGGACUUCUCAAAACUAGAGGUUACAAUACCAAAACAGGGAGGUGGUACUGAAGUAGUUAAAACCUGCCCUGCUGCUAUGGGCUUUGCCUUUGCUGCUGGUACAACUGAUGGCCCUGGAGCUUUUGACUUUAAGCAAGGAGAUAGCCAGGGGAAUGCUUUUUGGAAAUUGGUGCGUGACCUGCUUAAAACUCCAGAUAAGGAACAAGUAGACUGUCAACAACCAAAACCGAUUCUGCUAGAUACUGGUGAAAUGAAGGAGCCUUAUGAUUGGGCUCCUUCAAUACUUCCAAUCCAGAUCCUAAGGAUAGGGCAGUUGGUCAUUCUCACUGUGCCUGGAGAAUUCACAACUAUGUCUGGGAGACGGCUCCGUGAUACUGUGAAGGCAGUGCUUACUUCAAGUACUGGACAGUUUAAUGGAAAUGUGCAUGUUGUAAUAGCUGGGCUAAGUAACACAUAUUCUCAAUAUAUUACCACCUUUGAGGAGUACGAGAUACAGAGAUACGAGGGUGCCUCCACACUUUUUGGUCCGCAUACCCUCAGUGCGUACAUACAGGAGUUCAAGAAGCUGGCAACAGCCCUAGCAAGUGGACAACCUGUUCAACAAGGCCCACAACCACCAGAUCUUCUAGACAAGCAAAUAAGCCUUUUAGCGCCAGUUGUGUUGGAUGCAACUCCCAUAGGCAAAAAAUUUGGGGAUGUCUGCAAAGAUGUACCUAAGAACUCCACCUUCAAGAGAGGUGACACAGUAACUGUUGUUUUCUGGUCCGCAUGCCCCCGAAAUGACCUCAUGACUGAAGGUACAUUUGCUCUUGUGGAGGUUCUCCAAGGGAAGGAUGCUUGGAUUCCUGUUUACGAUGAUGAUGACUUUUGCCUCCGGUUUAUAUGGUCAAGACCUUCUAAAUUUAGCGCUCGAAGUCAGGCGACUUUGGAGUGGAGAAUACCAGAAACAGCUGCUGCAGGUGUCUAUAGAAUAAGACAUUUUGGUGCUGCUAAGAGUCUUCUGGGGUCAAUCAAGCAUUUCACCGGUUCAUCCAGUGCUUUUGUGGUGGCCUGAGAAUCCUCCAUUUGGGUAUAUAGAUUAUAAGGUGAUCAGAUGUUUGUGCUUUGUGCACUUUGUCAGGUAUGAGCUUUAACCUGAGGAAACAUUCUCAGAAACAAAGAGUGUUUGCUACCUCUUUUGGUCGACAAAUUUCAGAGAGGCUCCUCGGAAUUUGCCCUUUGCAUAUUUGUAGCUCCAAGCUCAUGUAUCAUUUAACUUUUUUUUUUUUUUUAAUCAGUAACAUACAUUUGUAUAA